AUGGAUAAUAUAUAUAAAUUUAGAGCCAGUACCUCGGCCUAACAUUUAUAGCACUUAAAUAAUGAUAAACAGUUUUACUCAGAAGAUGAAUAGUCUGAAUCUAAUUAGCAGGAUGAUUUCUAGUUAAAAUAACUCAGUAAACCUCCUAGUAAAAUGUCACAUUUUAGUAAAAACCUCACUGGAUACUAAACUGAUGAUUCAGAUAAAGAUUCCCCAAGGAAUGCGAAAUAAGGACCAACAAGUUAAAAACUGUCAAAAUUUAGGAAUUUAAUGAAAGGAAUAGAAGGUGACGUUGAAGGUGCUGAAGAAGACAGGGAAGAAGAUGUCAAUACCUAUAAAACUCAAACUAACAAUGAAGAUCCCUACAAUGUAAAAUACCAAGAAACUAAAAUCCAAUAGAAGAUGCAAGAGUUUAACAACCAAUAAGUUUUUCAAGUCAAAUUGCAGAGGAAUGUCAAUUCUGACAUUGAAUUGUCAAAAUCUAAAUAGAAUGCUCGAUGUAAAUUCUCCAACCACCCUUUUCGACAUCUAAUCUAUGGACCCUCCAUCGGGGAACAUGCAUUCAACAAGUUCUUACAACUUACUUAAAGAGGAUUAAUAUAUGCUACUCGUUGUCUAAAGGGCCCUAGCAAUAGUUUUAUUAAAACUAAAAUGCAAGUUUUACCAGAAGCUCGAACUCCUAAAGCAAAAACCCUGCUCUUAGAUUUGGACGAAACUUUAAUUCACAGUUGUUCAGCUAGAGAAAAGUCUUAGACUUGCAUAUUGGCAGUCAGUGAAUAGGGGGAGGAAGCAAGAAUAUAUUUAAAUGUUCGUCCAUUUUGUUAAUGGUUUUUAUAAUAAAUGAGUUUACUGUAUACAAUCUAUGUCUAUACUGCUUCAUCGAGUGCUUAUGCUAACACCAUUGUCAAGUACUUGGAUCCUAAAGGCUAAUGGAUUUCAGGCAUUUUGUCAAGAUAGAAUUGUCUAGAAACUAAAAAUGGGUUCUACAUUAAGGAUCUUAGGAUUAUAGCAAAUAAGCAAAUUAAGAAUAUGCUUAUUGUUGACAAUCUUGCUCAUUCGUUUGGAUUUUAGAUUGAGAAUGGGAUACCCAUAUUAGAAUGGCAUGAUGAUAAAAACGAUUAGGAACUCAAAUAUUUGGCAACGUAUUUAAUGGAAGCAGCUGAUUAAGAUGAUCUUAGGCUAUUUAAUAAAAACAAACUUAGAUUACUUGAUUUGAUUGAACAUAAAUUUGAUUGA